UUCAGCUCUUCCAGGUACAGAUCCAGCCUGCUGCACAACAAAACAGGGAUGAGAGAGGAAAUGUCACUAGGACGCCAGGAGGCCUUUGAGAUCUUCAAGAGGGACCACGCUGACAGCGUUACCGUGGAUGACAACAAGCAGAUUCUAAAGCAGAGGUUUUCUGAAGCAAAGGCCCUGGGAGAAAGCAUCAAUGAAGCACGGAGUAAAAUCGGCCGUCUGAAGGAAGAAAUCACCCAGCGGCACAAGCAGCACGUCGCUCUGGGAAUCUCAGAAAGCAUGGGAGUCUCCGAGCCAGACCUGCAGGAAGAACAGCUCCGAACGCAGCUGGAGGAAGAGAAGAGGAGGUACAAGACGAUGUUCACGCGCCUGAAAGCCCUGAAGGUGGAGAUCGAGCACUUGCAGCUGCUCAUGGACAAAGCCAAGGUCAAGCUGCAGAAGGAGUUUGAAGUCUGGUGGGCGGAGGAGGCCACCAACCUGCAGGUGUCUUCUCCAGCCUCAAACUCACUGCGCCAGGAGAAGCCCCUCUCGCAGCCAUCCAGCUCCCAGCGGGACGGGCUCCAGCUCCCCUCCCACAGAAGAUCAGAAUGCGCGGUGGACUUCACUUACACGAAUGUGUCCGCUCACCCUCACUGGGACACAGCGGCCACGGCCACGGCGGCCACGGCCACAGCUUUCACAGCAGUAGCCCUUCCCAACCGUGUGGCCCUGAUCAAGCCAGCCCCCGCUCUGGCAUCCCCCCCCAUCCGGUGGGCCCAGGGACUGGAGGAACCCUACGCUUUGCUGCGCGACACCCUCCUGCAAGAGCUGGUGGACACAACAGACAGGGCUCCCCUUCCCUGUCUCUUCUCUGGGUUUGUCUGCUGCAGUGACAGGAGCUCCAGGAAGCACCCGCCCUCCCUGUGCUCCAGCCCAUGCAGCCCCGGGCAGAGCAGCAGCGACACCCGGCGGGAGAGCAGCCCCCCCGAAAGGCCUGUGUCGUCCAUCCCCCUCACCGGGGACAGACAGACGGACUCCGACAUCCUGGCGUUCAUCAAGGCCAGACAGAGCAUCCUGCAGAGGAAGUUGUGCAGCGGGCUGUCAGGGCUCCACGGAGCACUCAUUACCCGGAAUUUGCGACUACCACGAGCCCAGAGAAGGUGAUUGAAC